ACUACACCUGUCGCUGGUUGAUGACGUAUUUCAGACAUGCUUUUGGUUGCGUUUCACCUGUUCGGUAAACACCAGACCUGAUUAGAUUUUUGUUCGUAUGAAAAAUUUAAUUUUACAUAUUUAUUUCUGAAGUGAACGUGUUUGUCAGAUUCGAUUCAGUCGUUCCUGGACCGAAUCUCGUUCCAGUGCGUUGAAGUUGUGGUCAUGGCCGCGCUUCUGCACCGACUGCUGACCGCUUCCUCUCGAACCCGCAACAGGAAGAUUCUGGUCAAAUGUACCAAAACGAGUUACUUCCGGACUUCUCCCUCUCUCUCUGUGAGGUCAGACGAGAAGAACGGUUCUGAGCCUCACCAGCUGACAUCCGGACAGGCUGUGUUGUCCAGGAGGACACGCUCGCUGUCCCCGCUGGACAGGAUCAGCAGCCUGCUGCCUCAGGAUGUUGUGAGACAGGAGCAGGAUGGAGAGGCAGACAUCCAGGUACCGGCCUCAGAACCUCUGGAGGAGACACAAGCUCCAUCUUCUCCAGAGGAAGGUCGGAGGUCACCCAGUCAUCCCGGAGAGCGCGGGCUGAUGUUUGGAGAGUUUCUUAUGGCCGAGCACAGAAAGAAUCGAGUGCAGUACAGGAAGAUGUUCCAUCUUCAGGAAGGGGGUCGCCUUCUGAGCAGCUAUGGGGUCAUCCCUCACAAUCAGCUCGCUGGGCAUCCUGCAGGACGCUUCGUAAAGACAAACAGGGGCAUCCCCAUCUUCAUCCGCAGACCCAGCCUGGAGGACUUUGUCCAGAACAUGAAGAGAGGGCCUGCUAUCGCAUACCCAAAGGAUGCAGCCAUCAUGCUGCUGAUGAUGGAUGUGACGGAGGGGGACUGUGUGCUGGAGUCGGGCUCCGGGUCAGGGGCCAUGUCCCUGUUCCUGUCCAGAGCAGUGGGCUCUAAGGGCAGCGUUCUGAGCCUGGAGCUUAGGGAGGAUCACCACAGGAGAGCCGUGCUGAACUACAAACGCUGGAGGACCUCCUGGGCUCUACGACGAGGUCACCAGUGGCCCGACAACGUUGACUUCCACAUCUCUGAUCUCUGCACCGCCUCAGAGCUCCUCGCUGGACGGGGCUUUCACUCGGUUGCUCUGGACCUGCUCAACCCUCACCUGGCUUUAGCCACCGUGCUUCCACACCUGCUUCCCGGUGGAGUCUGUGCCGUUUACAUCGCUAACAUCACACAGGUCGUCGAUCUACUCGAGGGUAUCCGCUGCGUCGCCCUGCCGUUGAGGUGCGAACGCAUCGUAGAAGUUUCGGACCGGGACUGGGUGGUGGCUCCGGCUCUGCAGAAGGAUGGGCAGCACUGCAUCCGGAAAGCCCCGAUCCUGGAUUCGGAUCUGGGGCGGGAAGCUGAGACUCCGGAUCAAACCGACACAGAUGACGACCUUGGCCCGGCCUUUGGGAACAUUCCCUACAUCGCCAGACCUCAUCCUGAACAAACGAGACACACAGGUCAGAUCUUUGUGGACUCCUAUUCCUUUUCUUUUAGGAAACUCACUAAAUUCUGUUUUCUUUCCCAGCGUUCCUGGUGAAGCUGAGGAAGUUUGUGCAGUAGCUACGACCAGACCUGACAAACGACAGAAACCCAACUGUAGUGGACUCUCAUUCAUAUUUGAAUCUUUAGGAUCACAUGGAUCCGUAACGGAACGCUACAGCAGGCUGGAAUGAAGAAGCCUUUAUUUGGAACUCCGACAGCAUUAGACCAAACACACCCCGUAGAGCCCCGUGUGUCCCAGACAGCUGAGCGUACACACCCACAGAUUCAAAAGUUGUGUAAAAGUACAAAUAAGUUAAAUAAAUAAACUAAUAAAUAGAGAACAGUGGCUGGAACUAUCA